GCGUGCGUGACCGCAGGGCGUGCGUGUGUGUCACCGCGCGUGCACGCCGUGCGCUCAGCCCCUCCGCGGCCGCUCGCCGUGGGCGUGCGCGUGCCCGCCGGGGCGGGGCGUGCGGCGCGCGCGGCCGGUGACGUGGCGGCGGGAUGCUGCGGGCGCUGUCGCUGUCGCUGCUGGUGGCGGCGCUGGCGGCGGGGGGCGGCCCGCGACCCCCCCGGCUCCGCGUGGCCGAGCUGCGGGACCUGGCGCGGGGCAAGGUGGAGAGCUGCGGCGGGUGACGGCUGAACCGCCUGAGGGAGGUGAAGGCCUUCGUCACCCAGGACAUCCCCCUCUACCAUAACCUGGAGAUGAAGCACCUGCCCGGCGCUGACCCUGAGCUCGUGCUCCUCAGCCACCAAUACAAGGAGCUGGAGAGAAUCCCCCUGAGCGACAUGACGCGGGAGGAGAUCAACCAGCUGGUGCAGGAGCUGGGCUUCUACCGCAAGGAGACGCCCGAUGCCCCCGUGCCUAAGGAGUUCCAGUUUGCCCCUGCCAGGCCUCUGCCCACCCUGCCACCCCCGCAAGCUCCCACCCCUGAGAGCAAGACCCCACCCGAGCGUGACGAGGGAGAACACCCAGACCUCUAGCAAGGGCUGCUGCACUCGGGAGAGGGUCCUGCAGCCAGGCCCCACUGCGCAGGGACGAGGGCAUUACAGCAGCUGGGGACAGUGCCACGGGGUGGCUGAAGUUGCUCCCGCUGUUUCUUGGUGCUGUGUAGCCUCUGCCCCAAGAUUGCCCUGGGUGGCCCCAGCCUUGAGCAGGGGCUCCCUGAGCAUCGAGGACAUCCCGGGGGGUCCCGUGUACCUGUUGCUGCCCACCCUCUCCUGCAGCCCGGGUGGUAUGGAGGAGCAGCGUUCUUUGUUCUCCCUCACCAUGCCCCAAGGCUUAACUGACUCCUGGUGCUGGGCAGCAGUAUCCUACCUGCGUGGGACAGGAUGAAGCCCUCAGCAGAAAGCCCCAAGUGCUGAGGGUAGAUGUGCUGAGUCCUGGAGGUGGGAGAGCUGCCCCGCGGGGGUUGUUGCUUUACACCCUAGCAGGGUUGUAUCGAGCCCCCAGUAAAGCCCUUGUGUACAAUCA